AUGAAGAAAUUAUUCAAAAAUUGUGAUCAAUGUUAAAAAAAGCCAGGAACAGUGUUUUGUUAAAAUUGUUAAGUUAGAUUUUGUUAUGAUUGUGAUGGUGAAAUACAUAGUUAGAAUUAGAAUCAUAAGACAGAAAUAUGUUCAUUACAAUGUAAUAUGUUAUAUAAUAAGAAAUGAGACAAAAUAAUUAAUAUUAAUAGAUACGAACAGGAGAAUCAGUGAUAUUAUAUUAGACAUAAUAAAAUGAAUACGUAAAAUAGGAGAAAUAAGAAUAAUAGGAAGAGGAAUUAAAAUAGAUAGAACAGGAAAUAAAAUAAUUUGAAUAAGUAUUGAAUUUAUAGGAGAACAAAUGGAAGAAAUAAUUAGAAUUAUUGGAGAAAGAGUAUGGUGAAAAGAUUGGUGUAUUCGAAGAGAAGGUAGAAAAGAGUGAGAGUACUAUAACAGAGAUUAAAUAAUAAUCAAAAUAGGAAGACUAAAUUAGUGAAAUGAUGAAAUAAUUGAAAGAAUAAUUGGAAGGAUAGAGAAAGUAUAAAUUUGUUAAAAGAUUGAUAGUUUAUUAGUUUAAAAGGUAGAAUAACAGAAAGAAUAAUUAAAUGAUAAAGAAUAAUUAUUAUAGAGUUUAAUAAAGUAAGAGAAGGAUAUGUCAGGAGAGAUUAACAAGAAAGAGAUUUUGAUAGGAAAAUUCAAAGAGUUAAUAUAAUAAUAAUAGAAAGAGAAAGAAUUAAUAUUGAAUGAGAAUGAAAAAAUAAAGAAACAGUUAUCAGAAAUAAAAUAAUUAUUUAAAGAGAAAUUGCCUUAACUAGGAUUAGAUGAAAACUUUUUUAAUUUUGAUGAUGAAGAAGAAGAAGGAGAAGAUGAACAAGAAGAGCCUUAAGUAUAAUAAAAUGUAGAAGAUUCAACAGAAGAAGAUGAAGGGAUAUAAUGAGUAAGAUCUAAUAAGUUUAACUAUG